CCUGAAGUUCCCAACAUCUUCCUAAGGUAUCCCCAGUGUGUCCUCAAUGUGUCCCCAGUGUCUCCCCGUGGUGUCCCCAUGGUUUCCCCCCCACCCCCUCACACUGUCCCCGUCCCCAGGAUGACCCUGUGGCCAUGACAACGCACGAACUGCCCAGCUCUGCUGUCGCCUUCUCGGUGACAGGGCUGUCUCCAGGCCACCCCUUCGAGCUGCUGGUCCAAGCCCGGCGGGGGCCACACCUGGGGGCACCCGGGGUCCUGCGUCUGCGCACAGCGCUCGUCCCAUCUGUGCCCCACUAUGAGGGGUCCCCGGGGUCGCCUCAGGGCUCCCUGGGGUCUCCAGCAGUGGCACCAUCAGCCCGAGGGCCUCCAGAGUCCCCAGGAUCCCCAGGGUCACUGGGGUCACCAGGGUCACCGGUGUCACCCGUAUCACCAGACUUGUCCUUGGGGUCACCUGGGUCUUUGGGGUCACCAGCACCCCCCAAGGUUCCAGCAUCUCCAGUAGCUCGAGGGUCCCUGGGAUCCCCAGCACCCUCAAGGUCAGCAGUAUCACCAGAAUCCCCAGAGCCACCAGCAUCACCAGAAUUCCCAGGGUCAUCAGUGUCACCAGAUUUCUCAGUGUCCCCAGAGUCCCCAUUGUCUCCAGAGUUCCCAGAGCUGCCAGCGUCCCCAGAGUCCCCCGUGUUUCCAGGGUCCCCUCCACCCCCAUGGUCCCCAGUGUCCCCAUGGCCCUCACUGUCCCCAGGCAUCCCCUCCCUGCAGGACCUGGUGGCCCGGCUGUCCACAUACAGUGGAACCCUGCUCCAGCGUCUCGAGAGCCACCUUCGGGCCACCAACUUCCCCCUCCGUGGCAACCAGACAGUGCCAGGGGUGGCCCGUGCCAUCCUGGCCUACAUCCUGCGCCGGCACCCAACCCUUGGGAGAGGACAGGGACCCACAGGAGAGAGUGGAAAACAGGAGCUAGUGCUGGAAUGGGGGGACACGGAUGAGAUGAAGCUGACGGAGACAUGGAGGGAUGUGGAGAAAACAGUCAAAGCUGAGCCAGAGGAGCUGCGUCCAUCCCGGCCAGUCCUGGGUGACCUCAGUGUCACCAGCAUAACCCCCAGCUCCAUGCAGCUGCAGUGGAGUGUCCCCAAGGACUCCUUUGACUCCUUCAUGCUGCAGUACCGGGAUGCCCAGGGCCAGCCCCAGACCUUGCCCAUCGAUGGCAGAUCCCGCUCGGUGACAGUGCCGGGGCUGUCCCCAUCCCACCGGUACCGCUUCCACCUCUACGGGCUGCGGGGUGAGAAGAGGAUCAACCGUGUUUCCAUUGAUGUCAUCACAGCUGCAGCAGAACCUGAGGAGCAGACCUUGCUCUCAGAGGAGCCCCAGCAUGAGAAAUCCCAAACUGAGGUCCCUGAAUCUCAAGCCUCCCCAUCACGGGCAGUACUUGGGGAGCUGAGGGUCACCAGCAUUGCCCCCAGCUCUGUGCAGCUGCAGUGGAGCGUCCCUGAGGGCUCCUUUGACUCCUUCAUGCUGCAGUACCGGGAUGCCCAGGGCCAGCCCCAGGCCCUGCCCAUGGAUGGGAGGUCAGACUCAGUGACAGUGCCCGGGCUGUCCCCAUCCCACCGGUACCGCUUCCACCUUUAUGGGCUGCGAGGCAGGAAGAAGAUUGACCAUGUCUCCACCGAGGCCAUGACAGCUGCAGCAGAGCCAGAGGAGCUGCCUCUGCCCUCAGAUAAGCCCCAACAUAAAAAACCUCAAACUGAGUCCCCUGCAUCUGAGGCCCCCCUUGUGCGGGCAGAGCUGGGGGAGCUGAAGGUCUCCGGUGUCACCCCCAACUCUGUGCAGCUGCAGUGGAGUGUUCCCGAGGGCUCCUUUGACUCCUUCUUGCUGCAGUACCGGGAUGUCCAGGGCCAGCCCCAAGCCCUGCCCAUCGAUGGGAGCUCAGACUCGGUGACAGUACCGGGGCUGUCCCCUUCCCAGCGGUACCGCUUCCACCUCUAUGGGCUGCGGGGCAGGAAGAAGAUCGACCAUGUCUCCACCGAGGUCAUGACAGGCACAGAAGAGCCAGACGAGAUACCCCUGCCCUCAGAGGAGCAAAAACAUGAGAAACUUCAAACUGAGACCCCCCCAUCUGCAGCCCCCGUGUUGCGGGCAGUGCUGGGGGAGCUGAGAGUCUCCACUGUCAGACCCGACUCUGUGCAGCUGCACUGGAGCGUCCCUGAGGGCUCCUUUGACUCCUUCUUGCUGCAGUACCGGGAUGUCCAUGGCCAGCCCCAGGCCCUGCCCAUCUAUGGCGGGUCCCGCUCUGUGACGGUGACAGGGCUGUCCCCUUCCCAGCGGUACCGCUUCCACCUCUAUGGGCUGCGAGGCAGGAAGAAGACUGACCGCCUCUCUAUUGACAUUAUCACAGGAGCUGUAGAAGAGCCAGAGGAACUGUCCCUGCCAACAGAGGAACCACAGCAUGAGAAACCCCAAACAGAGGCCCCCAUAUCUGAGGCCACAGCAGCAAAGGCGGUGCUGGAAGAGCUGAGGGUCUCGAGUGUCACCCCCAGCUCCGUGGGGCUGCAGUGGACUGUCCCCAAGGGCUCCUUCGACUCCUUUUUGCUGCAGUACCGGGAUGCCCAGGGCCAGCCUCAAGCCCUGCCCAUCGAUGGCAGGUCUCGCUCCGUGACAGUGCCGGGCUUGUCCCCAUCCCAUCGGUACCGCUUCCACCUCUAUGGGCUGCGUGGAGGCAAAAGGACUGACCGUGUCUCCACUGACACUGUCACAGCCAGCGAAGAACCCUUGCCCUCAGAGGAGCCCCAACAAGAAAAGCCCACAACUGAGUCCCCCGAAUCUGAGGCACUGCCAGCAAGAGCCGUGCUGGGGGAGCUGAGAGUCUCCAGUGUCAGACCCAACUCUGUGCAGCUGCAGUGGAGUGUCCCAGAGGGCUCCUUUGACUCCUUCUUGCUGCAGUACCGGGAUGUCCAUGGCCAGCCCCAGGCCCUGCCCAUCGAUGGUGGGUCCCGCUCAGUGAUGGUGCCGGGGCUGUCCCCUUCCCAGCGGUACCGCUUCCACCUCUAUGGGCUGCGGGGCAGGAAGAAGAUCGACCAUGUCUCCACUGAGGUCAUAGUAGCCAGCGAAGAACUCUUUUCUUUAGAGGAGCCCCAACAGGAGAAGCCCACAACUGAGUCCCCCGAAUCUGAGGCACUGCCAGCACGAGCGGUGCUGGGGGAGCUGAGAGUCUCCAGUGUCAGACCCGACUCUGUGCAGCUGCAGUGGAGUGUCCCAGAGGGCUCCUUUGACUCCUUCUUGCUGCAGUACCGGGAUGUCCAUGGCCAGCCCCAGGCCCUGCCCAUCGAUGGUGGGUCCCGCUCAGAGACAGUUCCAGGGCUGUCCCCUUCUCAGCGGUACCGCUUCCACCUCUAUGGGCUGCGGGGCAGGAAGAAGAUCAACCAUGUCUCCACUGAGGUCAUGACAGGAGCCGCCGAAAAACCAGAGGCACUGUCCAUGCCUACAGAGGAACCGCAGCAUGAGAAACCCCAAACAGAGGCCUCCCCAUAUGAGCCUACUCCAGCAAAGGCGGUGCUGGAGGAGCUGAGGGUCUCGAGCAUCACCCCCAGCUCUGUGGGGCUGGAGUGGACUGUCCCCAAGGGCUCCUUCGACUCCUUUUUGCUGCAGUACCGGGAUGCCCAGGGCCAGCCUCAAGCCCUGCCCAUCGAUGGCAGGUCUCGCUCCGUGACAGUGCCGGGCUUGUCCCCAUCCCAUCGGUACCGCUUCCACCUCUAUGGGCUGCGUGGAGGCAAAAGGACUGACCGUGUCUCUACUGACACUGUCACAGCCAGCGAAGAACCCUUGCCCUCAGAGGAGCCCCAACAGGAGAAGCCCACAACUGAGUCCCCCGAAUCUGAGGCACUGCCAGCAAGAGCGGUGCUGGGGGAGCUGAGAGUCUCCAGUGUCACCCCCAACUCUGUGCAGCUGCAGUGGAGUGUCCCAGAGGGCUCCUUUGACUCCUUCUUGCUGCAGUACCGGGAUGUCCAUGGCCAGCCCCAGGCCCUGCCCAUCGAUGGCGGGUCCCGCUCAGUGACGGUGACAGGGCUGUCCCCUUCCCAGCGGUACCGCUUCCACCUCUAUGGGCUGCGGGGCAGGAAGAAGAUCAACCAUGUCUCCACUGAGGUCAUGACAGGAGCUGUAGAAGAGCCAGAGGAACUGUCCCUGCCCACAGAGGAACCACAGCAUGAGAAACCCCAAACAGAGGCCCCCAUAUCUGAGGCCACAGCAGCAAAGGCAGUGCUGGAAGAGCUGAGGGUCUCGAGCGUCACCCCCAGCUCCGUGGGGCUGGAGUGGACUGUCCCCACGGGCUCCUUCGACUCCUUUUUGCUGCAGUACCGGGAUGCCCAGGGCCAGCCUCAAGCCCUGCCCAUCGAUGGCAGGUCUCGCUCCGUGACAGUGCCGGGCUUGUCCCCAUCCCAUCGGUACCGCUUCCACCUCUAUGGGCUGUGUGGAGGCAAAAGGACUGACCGUGUCUCUACUGACACUGUCACAGCCAGCGAAGAACCCUUGCCCUCAGAGGAGCCCCAACAGGAGAAGCCCACAACUGAGUCCCCCGAAUCUGAGGCACUGCCAGCACGAGCGGUGCUGGGGGAGCUGAGAGUCUCCAGUGUCAGACCCGACUCUGUGCAGCUGCAGUGGAGUGUCCCAGAGGGCUCCUUUGACUCCUUCUUGCUGCAGUACCGGGAUGACCAGGGCCAGCCCCAGGCCCUGCCCAUCGAUGGUGGGUCCCGCUCAGUGACGGUGCCGGGGCUGUCCCCUUCCCAGCGGUACCGCUUCCACCUCUAUGGGCUGCGGGGCAGGAAGAAGAUCGACCAUGUCUCCACUGAGGUCAUGACAGGAGCCGCCGAAAAACCAGAGGAAUCGUCCCUGGCCACAGAGGAACCACAGCAUGAGAAACCACAAACAGAGGCCUCCCCAUAUGAGCCUACUCCAGCAAAGGCGGUGCUGGAAGAGCUGAGGGUCUCGAGCGUCACCCCCAGCUCCGUGGGGCUGGAGUGGACUGUCCCCAAGGGCUCCUUCGACUCCUUUUUGCUGCAGUACCGGGAUGCCCAGGGCCAGCCCCAGGCUCUGCCCAUCGAUGGUGGGUCCCACUCUGUGACGGUGACGGAGCUUUCCCCUUCUCAGCGGUACCGCUUCCACCUCUAUGGGCUGCGGGGCAGGAAGAAGAUCAACCAUGUCUCCACUGAGGUCAUGACAGCCAGCGAAGAACCCUUGCCCUCAGAGAAGCCCCAACAGGAGAAGCCCACAACUGAGUCCCCCGAAUCUGAGGCACUGCCAGCAAGAGCGGUGCUGGGGGAGCUGAGAGUCUCCAGUGUCAGACCCGACUCUGUGCAGCUGCAGUGGAGCGUCCCUGAGGGCUCCUUUGACUCCUUCUUGCUGCAGUACCGGGAUGUCCAUGGCCAGCCCCAGGCCCUGCCCAUCGAUGGCGGGUCCCGCUCAGUGACAGUACCGGGGCUGUCCCCUUCCCAGCGGUACCGCUUCCACCUCUACGGGCUGCGGGGCAGGAAGAAGAUCAACCAUGUCUCCACUGAGGUCAUGACAGGAGCUGUAGAAGAGCCAGAGGAAUCGUCCCUGGCCACAGAGGAACCACAGCAUGAGAAACCCCAAACAGAGGCCUCCCCAUAUGAGCCCACUCCAGCAAAGGCAGUGCUGGAAGACCUGAGGGUCUCGAGCGUCACCCCCAGCUCCGUGGGGCUGGAGUGGACUGUCCCCAAGGGCUCCUUCGACUCCUUUUUGCUGCAGUACCGGGAUGCCCAGGGCCAGCCCCAGGCCCUGCCCAUCGAUGGUGGGUCUCGCUCCGUGACAGUGCCGGGCUUGUCCCCUUCCCAGUGGUACCGCUUCCAUCUCUAUGGGCUGCGGGGCAGGAAGAAGAUCGACCAUGUCUCCACUGAGGUCAUGACAGCUGACCCAGAGGAUCUGUCCCCACCCUCAAUGGACCCCACAAAUGAGGCCUCCACAAUUGAGGCCCCCACAACUGAGGCCCCCACACCUGAGCACCCCCAACCUGAGGCCCCCUUGGCACACACAGUGCUGGGAGAGCUGAAGGUCUCCAGUAUCACACCUGACUCUGUGCAGCUGCAGUGGAGUGUCCCAGAGGGCCACUUUGACUCCUUCAUGCUGCAGUACCGGGAUGUCCAUGGCCAGCCCCAGGCUCUGCCUAUUGAUGGUGGGUCGCACUUGAUGACAGUGCCUGGGCUGUCCCCAUCCCACCGGUACCGCUUCCACCUCUAUGGGAUACACAGAGGGAAAAGGACUGACCAUGUUUCCAUCGACGUCAGCACAGCAGCCACAGACAAGCAAGAGGAGCCACCUUCCACAUCAGAGGAGCCUCAAACUGAAGCCCCGCUAACUGAGGACAACCAGCCUGAGCACCCCCAAACUGAGGUACCCCCAGUGCGGGCAGUGCUGGGAGAGCUGAAGGUCUCCAGUGUCACCCCCAACUCUGUGCAGCUGCAGUGGAGUGUCCCUGAGGGCUCCUUUGACUCCUUCACGCUGCAGUACCGGGAUGCCCAGGGCCAGCCCCAGGCACUGCCUAUUGAUGGUGGGUCCCACUCGGUGAUGGUGCCAGGGCUGUCCCCAUCCCACCGGUACCGCUUCCACCUCUAUGGGCUGCAGGGCAGGAAAAGGACCAACCGUGUCUCCACCGACAUUGUCACAGCUGCAGCCAAGCCCGAGGAGCUGCCCCUGCCCUCAGAGGAACCCGAACCUGAGGCUGUCUCAUCUGAUGCCCUGCCAGCACGGCCAGUGCUGGGGGAGCUGAAGGCCUCCAGUGUUACAUCCAACUCUGUGCAGCUGCAGUGGAGUGUCCCCAAGAGCCCUUUUGACUCCUUCACACUGCAAUACAAGGAUGCCCGGGGCCAGCCCCAGGCCUUGCCCAUCAACGGUGGGUCCCGUUCAGUGACAGUGCCAGGGCUGUCCCCAUCCCACCGGUACCGCUUCCACCUCUACGGGUUGCAAGGUGGGAAAAGAAUUGACCACGUGUCCACCGAUGUCAUCACAGAUGCAGCAGUGCCAGAGCAGCUGCCCCCACCUUCACAGGAGCCCCAACCUGAAGACCACAACCCUGAGCAGCCCCAAACGGAGCAGCCCCAAACUCAGGCUAACCAGGGACAGGUGGUGCUGGGGAAGUUGAGGGUCUCCAGUGUCACACCCCACUCUGUGCAACUGCAGUGGAGCGUCCCCGAGGGCUCCUUCGACUCCUUCACGCUGCAGUACCGGGAUGCCCAGGGCCAGCCCCAGGCCCUGGCUGUUGAUGGAGGGUCCCGAUCAGUGACAGUGCCGGGGCUGUCCCCAUCCCGCCGGUACCGCUUCCACCUCUAUGGGCUGCGGGACAGAAGGAGGAUUGACCGUGUCUCCACCGAUGUUGUCACAGCUGACCAAGAGGAUCUGUCCCCACCUUUAAUAGACACCCCAACUGGGGGCCCCCCCGCUGAGGAUCACGAAACUGCACAUCCCCAAACUGAGGCCCCUCCAUCUGCAGCCCCCUCGACACGGGCAGCGUUGGAAGAACUGAAGGUCUCCAGUGUCACACCCAACUCUGUGCAGCUGCAGUGGAGUGUCCCAGAGGGCCACUUUGACUCCUUCAUGCUGCAGUACCAGGAUGGCCAUGGCCAGCCCCAGGCCCUGCCCAUCGAUGGCAGGUUGCGCUUGGUGACAGUGCCGGGGCUGUCCCCUUCCCAGCGGUACCGAUUCCACCUCUAUGGGCUGCAGGGUGGGAGGAAGACUGACCAUGUCUCCACUGAUGUCAUCACAGCUGAUGGGGAAGCUGCAGCUGUGUCGGAGGAGCUGCCCCUGCCCUCAGAGGAGCCCCAAGAUGAGCAACACGAAACUAAGGCCCCCCCAUCUGCAACAACCCCAGCACGAGCAGUGCUGAAGGAUCUGAGAGUCUCCAGUGUCAGCCCUGACUCCGUGCAGCUGCAGUGGAGCGUCCCUGAGGCGCCUUUUGACUCCUUCACGCUGCAGUACCGGGAUGCCCAUGGCCAGCCCCAGGCCCUGCCCAUUGAUGGCGGGUCCCGCUCAGUGACGGUGCCGGGGCUGUCUCCAUCCAGCCGGUACCGCUUCCACCUCUAUGGGAUGCGGGGCAGGAAGAGGGUCUACCAUACCUCCACUGAAGCUGUUACAGCUGCGGCCAACUUCGAUGAGCAACCCAUGUCUUCAGAGAAGCUCCAACCUGAGGAUCCCCAAUCUAAAGAUCCCCCAGUUGAGUCCCCCUCAACUGACAACCACUUGGCAAAGGCAGUGCUGGGGGAGCUGAGAGCCUCCAGUGUCAGACCCGAUGCUGUGCAGCUGCAGUGGAGCGUCCCCAAGGGCUCCUUUGACUCCUUCACGCUGCAGUACCGGGAUGUCCAUGGCCAGCCCCAGGCCCUGCCCAUCGAUGGCGGGUCCCGCUCAGUGACGGUGCCAGGGCUGUCCCCAUCCCGCCGGUACCGCUUCCACCUGUAUGGGCUGCGGGGAGGGAAAAGGAUUGACCGUGCCUCUACCGACAUCAUCACAGCCACAGCCAAGACAGAGGAGCUGCCCCUGCCCUCAGAGGAGCCCCAACCUGAGGAUCCCGAAGGAAAAGACACCCCAGUUGAGACCAUCCCAUCUGCAGCCCCCCAGGCACGGGCAGAGCUGGGGGAGCUGAAGGUCUCCAGUGUCAGACCCGACUCUGUGCAGCUGCAGUGGAGUGUCCCCAAGGGCUCUUUUGAGUCCUUCACGCUGCAGUACCGGGAUGACCAGGGCCAGCCCCAGGCCCUGCCCAUGGAUGGCGGGUCCCGCUCAGUGACGGUGCCGGGUCUGUCCCCUUCCCAGCGGUACCGCUUCCACCUCUAUGGGCUGCAGGGUGGGAAAAGGAUUGACCAUGUCUCCACUGAGGCCAUCACUGGCACCCCAGGGACCCUCUGGGUAGGCUCUGUGUGGCCCCGCAGUGCAUGGCUGCACUGGAACCCCCUGCAAGCCCCCCCUGAUGGCUAUGAGCUGGAGUAUGGCCCCCCUGCCGGACCCCAGCAGACCCUGUGGCUGCCGCCCGAGGCUACGUCGCAGCAGCUGUGGGGACUAGAGCCAUCAGGACACUAUGGGGUGCGCUUGUGGGGCCGAGGGGGAGACCCCCAAACAGCCCCCCUCGAGGCCACCUUUGACACUCCUCCCCUCCCACACCCACACCCCCGGGACUGCGCCGAGGAGCAGCUGAACGGGCCGGGCCCCUCGCGGGAGACCCUCAUCUUCCUCCGGGGGGACCCGGCCCGGCCCCUCAGGGUCUUCUGUGACAUGGAGACAGACGGCGGCGGCUGGCUGGUGUUCCAGCGCCGCCAGGACGGGAGCACCGACUUUUGGCGGGGGUGGGAGUCGUACGCCCGCGGCUUCGGCAACAUCAGCGGCGAAUUCUGGCUCGGUAACGAGGCGCUACACGAGCUGACGACCGCGACCCGCACGGAGCUGCGCAUUGACCUGCGGACCGGCCGCGACUCCGCCUUCGCGCUCUAUCGCGACUUCGCUGUCGGCAGCGCCGAGGAGCGGUACCGGCUCCGAGUGGGAGCGUUCAGCGGCACCGCCGGGGACGCCCUCUCCUACCACUCGGGCAGCCCCUUCUCCACACGGGACCGGGACUUUCGAGACCCUCGGGACCGCCGGGACCCCUCGGGGCGGCCCCGACCCCCGCCCUGUGCCGUGGCAUACGGGGGAGCCUGGUGGUACCGCAACUGCCACUACGCCAACCUGAACGGGCGCUACGGGACCCCCCGAGACCACCAGGGCAUCCACUGGUUCCCCUGGAAAGGCUUCAACGUCUCCAUCCCCUUCACCGAGAUGAAGCUGCGGCCGCAGCGGGGCUGAGGGGUCCCCUGAGUGCUGGGGCUAGGGGAUCCCAGAACCCCUGGGGGGUCCCAAAUGGGACCUGGGGAGGCUCAAAGGUGAAACUUUUAUUGGGGGGGUAAUAAAAGCUGAUGGUGA